AUGUCUUGUUAUUCUCUGACAUUCAAGUUUGGCAUGUUUUCAAUGCUUUUCAAAGAGCGUCUUUACUUGGGUGAAGCACCGCUGGCGUUGGUGUUCGGUAUCAUUGUCGGUCCUAGCGCUGCGUCAAUUUUCCAUCCAAAUACGUGGGGAGAUCAGCCGACCGAUGCCCCAGGGACGGAAAUUACGCGCGAAAUCACUCUUGAAGUUAUGCGAUUACCCAAAAAAUAUGUGUGGCGGCAUUGGCGCUCAAUUUCCAUGUUGUUGGGCCCUGUGAUGCUAUGGGGAUGGCUCAUCACUGGACUCCUGAUUUGGGCCCUCAUUCCAGGUAUCGACUAUCUGAGCGCGUAUGUACUUAUAUCUAACCAUUAG